ACCUCCGGGCAGCUCCCAUGCAAACGCAUCCCAGCAGCAGGCGGGUUAGUUAGAGUGGUUCAGACAGCAGCUCCGCGUCAGGACAUACAGCUGCAGCCCUGGUCAGUCAUCUGACAGGAGAACAACACCCUCUGCAUAACAAGGCUGCUGACGUGCGGUGCGGACAGGGCGAGUUCUUGUGUUAAUUGGUAUAUUACCGAGGACUGCGAGAGCUGCUGUUGCUGCUGGUUCACGUUAAUUGCGAUGUCGAUGUUAACGAAGGCGUGCCUGCGCCCAGCUGAGCUCCGGGGAGGGGCAGUGAAACUCGCGGCCCCGGUGUGACGCACAACCCUGCCGGACAGAGCGGACCGCGGACUCACCGCAGGGAUGGUCAUCGAUUAGAGCGACGUCAUCGAAACUCACGCUUUCGGUAUAACAAAAAUAUAUCGUUUUUUAUUUUAAAAUCGGUUCUUGAACUCUACUGCAGUGUUUUACAAGUGUAACGUGAAGGCGUGUCUUUAGAGAAAGCACCCAAUUCUCCCUCUUCUGUGUAAACCCCCGACUGGGACACGUGUGGUUCAAGGUGCUCCCGGGGUAUUGGUUUCGCAAUGACUGAGCGCUCAGGUCUCCUCGGAGUCGCCCGGUUUCUCUUUCCCCUUCACAGCGCGUCUCCUCCGCAGAUGCCCGGACACACAGGCCGGAGGUCCCGUAGGCGCCGCCCCGGACAGAGAAGCCACAACAUGGGACAGUCGCUCAGACCGCCCGCCGCCUCGGCUUCCUCCUCCGAGGACUUGGACACCGCCCGAGUGACGUGGACCGCCCUCCCCGUCCCCGUGCAGGAGGAGGUGCUGCUGCUCCUGCCGGCGCGCGAGGUGGUCUGCACGUGCCGGCGGGUGUGCCGGCUGUGGCGGGACCUGGUGGACAGCGCCUCCCUGUGGAAGAGGAGGUGCGCGCGGGAGGGGCUCCGGCCCUGCGACCCCGCCUGCCCGCCGGCUGACUGGAGGGUGUUCUACUUCCUGUGCCGCAUGAGACGCAACCUGCUGAAGAAUCCCCGGGCGGACGACGAGUUCAGGGGCUGGACGCUGGUGUCCAACGGGGGAGACAAGUGGGCCAUUGAGCCAGUGGGCACGCCUCUUCCCGACCCCGCGGUCCAGAAGUACUUCGUCACCUCGUACUACAUGUGCCUGAAGUCCCAGCUCAUCGACCUGGUGGAGGAGGGCUACCGGCCCGCCCUCCUGGACAAGGUGCAGCCCGAUAUCGUCGUCUCUGACUGGUGCGUGAGCUCCUCCAUUUGCGUCCAGCUGCUGUCCCAGAGGAAGCAGGUCCUGCAGGAGUUCCGCCCUAAGCCCGUGCACUUCGAGCAGUGGAACGACAUGCAGUGGCACCAGAUGAGGCACGUGUUCCGGCAGUAUGGCCGCGGGGUGCGCUUCGUCAAGUUCACCCACGGGGGCAAGGACUGCCAGUUCUGGGCCGGCUGGUAUGGCAUCCGGGUCACCAACAGCCUCGUGGAGAUCGACCCGGGAGCAGAGGAGCCCGCCCAGCCCCUGUGACCCAGCCCGGCCCGGCCCGGCCCGCUGGUCUCUCUCUCUCUCUCUCUCUCUCGACCCCAGCCCCCCUCUGCUGCUCCCUCUCUCACUGGUCGCACAGUGAACAUCUCUGACUGAUGAGGGGGGUGCUGGUGUUGCCUGAACACACCUGUGAAGCCACCGUCCCUGAGAGCGCCCCCUGCUGGCUCGGCACACCCCCUUAAUCGUUAACGGAGCCGCGUCAGACCCCAGCCUCUCCCUGCGCCUGGGUCGCCGAGCCUGCGAGGAAACGGAGAAGACCGAUGCUCUCGCUCCCCUUGGAAGCCUGUUCCUCUGUUCGAUUUCCCUGCCUGCUUUGUCUCUUCACAAAACACCGACACUGAAAUUAA